AUGGCUGUCAGACUUAGCGGCAAACAGCCUUGGCUCACUCGAAUGAACGCGAUGCUGAGGGGGACACUCAAAAAGCACGCUGUAAGCAAUCAUGACGGAAGCUCCGAGGAAGAUUUCAACCCACACUUCUUGCGACGCCUUCGCCAAAAACGUCAUGAAUUGGAGAUCAAUAUGGCAAACUUGCAACAAGCACUGGACAACUAUAUCGAAGCGGCCGACGAGCUCCAGCCACCACUAGAUGGAAAUCAGAUGGCCGAAAUCGAGCAGAACAUUGAUAGCGCCCAAGCUACACACCUAAAAGGUCAGAAUCGGCUGACCGAACCCUGUUCCAUCUUAGAGCAGAAUGCGGACGUACCGAUGUCUUCCUCUGUCUCGGAAGAAACGGUCAAACCACGUCUCGCACCACCCCACAUCCGCAAGUUCGACGGGCGACUGUGGCAACGAGAGCACUUUUGGAGAGUUUUCGACGCCGUUGUCCACAAGAUAGAGAAGCUGAGUUACCUGCUGGAAGCAGAGAAGCUGAGUUACCUGCUGGAAGUCCUCGAAGGGCCCGCAAAAGACACAGUCAGCAAGCUCCAAGUCACAGCAGACAACUAUGACGUUGCCAUCCAACUCCUCAUGGAAAAAUACGACAAUCAGGAAGCGGUUGUGAACCAUCUGCUUCAAGAGUUGCAAGACAUACAACCGGCAAGCACGACAAUUACCGACCAAGUGAACGCACUGGACAAAAUACUUGCAAUAAUUUCUCAACUGGAGAGGAAGGGAGAGCGUCCUUUCAAGGACUAA